AUGCUCAUCAACAACCUCGAUCCCGCCUUCAACCUACCUCCAGAAAACCCCCCUCCCUCUCACCACCACCACCACCACCACCAAAAACCCAUCAUCGUCCCCUACAAACCCCCCCUCACCCUCUCCAUCCAGGAACACGCCCCAGCAGAUCCCUACGGCCACGGCUACCUCAUCACCACCAACUGCCCAGCAAAAGCCGACCGCCAGACCCUCAAGCGACACACCAAACUCAGCUGGUGUCUCCUCAACAAACUCACUCGGCCCUUGUCAAACACCACCAACAACGCAAAGCAUUCGCACCAGCUGCACAUCACCAGCCAAAUCGCCUGCGGCGACAACCGCGGCGCCCAGCUCGUGCGCUGCCACCUCGACCAGGACCGCGCAACAGCAUACGUCGCCAAGAUCUACGACCCUCUGUACUAUGACUUUGCCGACAAGGCGGAUAGAGAGAUCCCCGUGGACGUUGCGUGGCUGGCGGAGCACGACUACAGGCGCGAAGCGGCUGCUUAUGCGGAGCUGAAGAGGUGUCGCCAAGACGGCCGCUUUACGCCAAGGUACUUUGGUUCAUGGAUCUUUGACAUGGCUCAUGGAGGCGGCCCACAAGAAGAAGAAGAAAAAGACGAAGAAGACGACAGAGAGGAAAAGGGAGAGGAAGGAGGAGAAACAAGACCGGUCCACAUGAUACUGCUCGAGGCCCUAGAUGGCCGUACAAUGUUCUCCCUGCUCGAGAGCAAACAACAUCUAAAGCUCUCUCUGCGAUUACGCCUCGACAUCUUUGCGCGCGUCCUCGAGGCCGCCACCGCAUUGCGCUUCUACAACGUAGCCCAAGACGAUCUCGCCCCGAGAAACGUCAUGCUCACGGGCCUCGACUUUGACUCUCCUCAUCAAUCAGUCGACAGGGUGGUCCUGUUUGACUUUAACGAGGCGGUUGUUCUCACGCAUCGCAAGUGCCGCAUCGUCCACGACAAGAUGGCGACGGACCGGCCUACGAUGAGUCCGCGCUGUAGAUUCUGGUCCGACUUUCCGUAUGAAUUCGGGGAUUGGGUGUAUCCCUUGUUUCAGCGCAAGAAUACGUUUAGAUGCUGGCUCUUGAGUCGCUGGGGGGACGAUGAGACGUUCGGCGGGCCCCCGACGGAGUCGGAGAAGAAAUCGAGGAGACAGGAUCGUUAUGAGGAGCCACCGCCGCUGCGGGAUGACGAGCUGGACGAGAAGCUUGUUGAACAGUUGAACGAGGAGCUGGGUUGUGACUGGCGGCGUUUCGUCUGA